GUCAAGUGUCGUGAUCGCUCUUCCUCUCGUUUCGUGAAUUACGGCCACAUGGCAACCUACCUGAACCGCACACUGUCGAUGGUGACCGGAAACGGCAACGCAUCCAUGUACGAAACGGCCGCCCUCAUCGAUCCGAACGCCCGGACGCUGCACAACAAUGCGACGGACGUGUCACCGUUACAGAUCUUCGUGCGGGCCAAAAAGAAGAUAAAUGAUAUUUUCGUUGAGAUCAAUGACUAUGUCGUCGAAACGACUGGGUUCAUCGGAGAACUACCGGCAGCAUCAGAAAUUGUGGACAAAGCGGAAGCGGAACAGUUCAAAAGCUAUGUGCUGAAGGUGCGUGGCAUUCGGGAGGUGUUGGCCCGCGAUAACAUGAAGGUAGCAUUUUUCGGCCGUACAUCGAAUGGUAAAAGCUCGGUCAUAAAUGCAAUGUUGCGCGAUAAAAUACUGCCGAGUGGUAUCGGACAUACGACCAAUUGCUUCUGCCAGGUGGAAGGAAUCGAUGGACACGAGGCGUACCUAGUGAAGGAGGGAAGUGAUGAAAAGCUGAACGUUACGUCAGUAAAACAAUUGGCAAACGCACUCUGUCAGGAGAAGCUGUGCGAAAGCUCGCUGGUACGAAUAUAUUGGCCACGCGAACGGUGCAGCCUGCUGCGAGAUGAUGUUGUGUUUGUUGAUUCACCCGGGGUGGACGUUUCGCCGAAUCUGGACGAUUGGAUCGAUAACCAUUGCUUGAAUGCGGACGUGUUCGUCCUGGUACUAAAUGCUGAAUCUACAAUGACACUAGCGGAAAAGUCAUUCUUUCACGAAGUAUCCACCCGGCUAUCGAAACCAAACAUCUUUGUGCUGAACAAUCGGUGGGAUGCUUCCGCUUCGGAACCGGAAUUUCAGGAAUCGGUCAAAGCUCAACACCAGGAGCGUUGCAUAGAUUUCCUAGUUAAGGAACUGAAGGUGGCCACACCAAAGGAAGCGGAAGAGCGUGUAUUUUUCGUCUCGGCCCGUGAAACGCUGCAGGCACGGUUGAAGGAACAGGAAGGUCUUCCAGCAAUAGCUGGUGCCCUGGCGGACGGGUUCCAGAAUCGCUAUUUCGAGUUUCAGGACUUUGAGCGCAAGUUUGAGGAAUGCAUUUCCAAGAGUGCCGUACGUACCAAGUUCGAGCAGCACAGUUCGCGGGGCAAAAACAUUGCUAGCGACAUGCGCAUGAUGUUGGACAGUAUCUACGAGCGGGCGAACGUACUGCGCAACCAGAAGCUCGAACAGAAGAAACGCCUAACGGACCGUAUCGCAAGCACCGAAACGUCCCUGAUGCAGGUGACGCGCGAGAUGAAGCUGAAAAUACACACGAUGGUGGAGGAGGUGGAGCAAAAGGUGGCGAAGGCAUUGAAUGAAGAAAUCUGGCGGUUGAACGUGCUGGUGGAUGAGUUUAAUUUACCGUUCCACACCGAUCCGCUCGUGCUGAACGUGUACAAGAAAGAGAUCAACGCGCACGUGGAGAAUGGAUUGGGAUCGAACCUGCGGGCACGGCUUAGCACGGCGCUAGCGAUGAACGUUGAAACGGCUCAGCGAGAAAUGACGAGCCGCAUGACGGCACUGCUACCCUCGGAAAAGAUGGCCGCCCAGCAGCAUCAGGUGGUGGUUCGCACGCAACCGUUCGAGAUGCUAUACACGCUCAACUGUCAGAAUCUGUGCGCCGAUUUCCAGGAGGAUUUGGAGUUUCGGUUCUCGUGGGGCAUCCGGGCACUGAUUGCACGGUUCAAUGGGAAGCUGCGAGCUAGCAAUCGGAAAGCGAUCACCCACAAUCGGCAGAACAGCAAUAUGAAUAUGUCGCAGGUUCUUUCACCAACCUCACCGAUGUGUCUUAUGCCGGAAAACGAGCUAAUAACGAACGAGCAACUGUCGGUGAUUUCGAAGGUGGCCAUUGCCUCGAUAGGAUCGCAGGGUACACUCGGUCUGGUGGUGGCCGGUUUGAUGCUAAAAACUAUCGGAUGGCGCGUCAUAGUCGGUGCUGGUGUAAUAUAUGGCAGCGUUUAUCUGUACGAACGAUUGUCUUGGACCAACACGGCAAAGGAACGCAACUUUAAAAACCAGUACGUGGAGCAUGCGACCCGCAAGCUGAAGCUGAUUGUCGAUUUGACUUCGGCCAACUGUAGCCACCAAGUGCAACAGGAACUGUCCAGCACGUUCGCCCGAUUGUGCCGGGUUGUCGAUACCGCCAGCACGGAGAUGAACGAUGAGCUGAAACAGAUCGAAAGUUCACUCGGUGUAAUCGAGACAAACCAGAAGCAGAUCAAGCUGCUGAAAAACAAAGCGAACUACAUCAUGAACGAGCUGGAAAUCUUCGACAGCAACUACAUCAAGGCGAACUAA